GUUCCCUUAUUUAAAGGAAAUAUUUUGCCUUGAUGAACACUUCCCAAAACUCCCCCGGCCCAGGAGCCUCCGAAGUGCCUACCAGGCCAGUUCUCCUCCUGCAGCUGCUCCCUCCGCAGGAAGAUGAAGGUCUCCAUGGCAGCCAUCUCCCUCCUUCUCCUCCUCCUCCCUCUCCCCCUCGUCAUCACCGUCACCCUGGGGUCCGACACCGAAACCUAUUCAGGAGUACCUUACCACCCCUCCGAGUGCUGCUUCAACUACGCGACCCGGGUGGUCCCAAGGCAGCGGAUUUUAAGCUAUUAUGAGACCGGCAGUCAGUGCUCCAAGCCUGGAAUUAUUUUCAUCACCAAAAAGCACCGUGUAAUCUGUGCCAAACCCAGCGAUGACUGGGUCCAGGACUAUAUCAAGGAGCUGGAGGAUAUCUGAGUGACCCAGCAGUAGUGGAGAAGGACAUAGCUCGGAAUUUAAAGAGACCGGGCUGAACCCCGCCCCCACUCCCAACUCACCCCCAGCCACCUCCUGAGAGCUGCCCUGCCUUGAAUUAAAGACCAGUCAU